GCGAAGGAAGUCACAGUCGAUGUGUGUUGUCGUUCCUUUAUACUUUGUAAUGACAUUUCUACGGUAACUACAUUAAUUUACGUGUCUGUAAUUAAAACUGGUAGUGUCUCAAAUUAUAAUGUUAAAAUUUAUUGCAGCAGUAUGUGGCUUCAUAGUAACGGCGAAUGCUCAAAAUAUAUAUACGACUCCACCAGUCUAUGGAAAUAUCCCAUUGGGAAAUACAGACAAAAUAUAUUUUAUUGACGAUCCUAGACCGUUGAGCGUUUUACCUUUAGCAGAUAAUAAUGAUAACCAAGCAAGAGAAACAUAUUAUCCAAAUACUGGAUUACCUCAGCAAGGAUUAGUCCAGAAUGCAAAUAUACUGCCUCAACAGCAAUACAAUCCAGGUAUCAAUGUUGGACAGGUAACAUUAAACAGAAUACCCCAAGAACCAAAUGUAGCACAAGUGAAUAGAAAUGCUUAUUAUCCGACUGAUAGGAAUGGAUUUGAUGAUACUGAGCCUAAUAUGCCAUCGCAUAUCAAUUUACCUAAGCCUGUACAACCUGGACCAAUUUCACAUUCAGUGACGAACUUUGGCUUGAAUCUAUUGAAGAUCAUUCAACAAAAUGGAAGAAACGUAGUCCUGUCUCCGCUUUCCGUCACCACACUGCUGGCUCUCUUGCAACAAGGAGCUACCGGCAUUACGAAAAUUCAAAUAAUGUCAGCGUUGCAAAUGACUGCCGCUACUUCGGCAGCUGCGUACAAGAAUAUUACUGAGGAUAUAUUGAAACGUAACUCCCAUAAUAUUCUCAGCAUGGCAAACAACCUUUAUGUAUCAGACAGUUUCACUAUCAAUCCUGAUUUCAAGAAAAUGGCCGUCAAGAACUUCGGCAGUGAAAUAACUCCGACUAAGUUUAAUGAUCCUGGCAGAGCAUCCCAGAUGAUCAAUGGUUGGGUUGCUUCGAAAACACAUAACAAGAUUACGAAUCUAAUUCCUCCUGAUGUCAUAGGAGAUAACUCUCAACUAAUCCUGGUAAACGCUAUGUAUUUCAAAGGAUUAUGGCAAAUUAGAUUCAAUCCUAACUCUACGCUUCCAAAUAUCUUUACUCUCAGUAACGGUAGCAGCAAAAUGACGUCAUUUAUGCGUAUGCGUCGAUAUUUUAGAAGUGGCGUCGACAGAACCAAUGAUGCAAUGGUCCUGAUACUACCAUUUGAGCAAGAAGAAUAUUCAUUGAUGUUAAUAUUGCCAUCAUUGAAAUCAAACGUUCUCGAGGUGCUGUCGACGUUGUCAGAUUCAAAACUGCUGAACUAUCAUCAGUUUACACACAAAGAAAUAGAGGUACAGCUACCUAAGUUUACAGCCAGAGCUGACACUGAUCUACACCUGGCUCUGAUGAAGAUGGGCGUAGUUGAUCUAUUUGGAGCACAAUCCCAGCUUUCAGGCGUGGGGAGGUAUGGGACACUAUCACCUCGAAUAUCUUCUGCGGUACAUUCGGCUAUGUUGUCAGUAGAUGAACAGGGUGGUUCAGCUGCUGCGGCAACAGCGUUCGCAGUUGUAGCUUUAUCUUACGAUGAGCCAUCAUUAACGUUUAUAUUCAAUCGACCAUUCUUAGCAGUAUUGUGGGAUAACAAAGCAGCUGUGCCACUGUUUAUGGCGAAUAUCGAAGACCCAGUUCCGUAGUUUAAUUUUAGUGCUAUUGAUAUGCAGUACAAUUUUGUAAUAUUAUAAAUAUUUGUAAAGAAAGAAUCAAUCUUGCUAUUAAUUCAUUCAUAAUUAUCACAGUAAUAAUAUAAUAACAUAUCGUUUAUAGCCAAUGAUUACGGAGAAUGAGAGAUAAAUAUAGAUUUAAUAAAAAUUUAGAAGCCUUGAAUUUUCUAGAAAUCCCAUAAUAGCAAUCUAAUUUUUGUUACUUUACUUUACAACUAUUUACUUUAUUGUAAAAGUUUUAUACGUUCGAUACAUUCGUUUAUCAUAUUGUUUAUUUUAAUAGUCACUAAAUUUAGAAA